CUUACAACAGGCAGAGGGAGAGAAGGCAGGCAGGCGGGCAGGACGCAUCAUGGCGGACAGAGACAGUGGAAGUGAGCAGGGAGGAGCAGUCACAGGCCCGGGCGCCGGUUCCUUACACCCAGUGACAGGAGGGGCGGGUGCGGCUUCCGGACUGCAGCAUGAGACCCAAGAGCUCGCCUCCAAACGGGUUGACAUUCAGAACAAACGUUUCUACCUGGACGUUAAGCAGAACGCAAAGGGCCGCUUCCUGAAGAUAGCCGAGGUCGGGGCCGGAGGAAAUAAGAGCCGCCUCACUCUCUCCAUGUCCGUGGCUGUGGAGUUCCGAGAUUACCUGGGGGACUUCAUCGAACAUUAUGCCCAGUUAGGGCCUACCAAUCCGGACAUCGCGCAGGACGAACCCCGGCGAGCGCUAAAGAGCGAGUUCCUUGUGCGAGAGAAUCGGAAGUACUACAUGGAUCUGAAAGAGAACCAGAGAGGCCGGUUUCUGAGGAUUCGGCAGACCGUAAACCGGGGGCCCGGACUGGGAUCCACGCAAGGCCAGACCAUCGCUCUUCCUGCGCAGGGACUAAUCGAGUUUCGUGACGCUUUGGCCAAACUCAUCGACGACUACGGAGUGGAGGACGAGCCCGCAGAGUUACCGGAGGGCACAUCAUUGACUGUGGACAACAAGCGUUUCUUCUUCGACGUGGGUUCGAAUAAGUACGGGGUCUUCAUGAGGGUCAGCGAGGUGAAGCCGACGUACCGCAACUCCAUCACGGUACCGUACAAAGUUUGGUCCAAAUUCGGGAGUACCUUCUGUAAAUACGCGGAUGAAAUGAAAAAAAUCCAGGAGAGGCAGAGAGAGAGGAGGGUAUGCGAUCUGCAGCAAGAGCAGAUGCACGGCGACGACGGAGAGGAGGAUUGAUAACGGCAAAGGAGAUCGUGCAAAAAAAGUUAUAAUUAAAAAAAUGUUACUGUAAACAGAAAGAAACAUAGAAUUUAACUGUAACUGUUUAACUCCAAGGGAGCACCACCCACGAAUCCCUCACGGACUUACAGUUAUGACUUGAUGUCACUCAUCGCUGGAUGUUUACCUACUUAUCCACCAUUAAACAGUAAGCAGCUGCUAAAACCAAGUAAUAACAUUAUAUAUGAACUGUUUCCUACUUGAUUAAAAUGAUAAAGAAAGGAGUGUUUAUUUCCCUAAUUAACCAAGAACUUUUAUACGCGUUCAAGGUAUUAAAAUUGGUGCAAUGUUCAAAUUGAAAUAUUGCCGCGAUAUAUGAGAAAACAAGUCCUUUUCGUGUGAGCUAACAUUCGAAUUCAGCACAAAGCAGAUAUUUUGGAACACCUUUUUUAACCAAAACGUCAAACCUUUUUAAAAGAGGUGAUCAUACGAUACUUGCCACCCUAUUUAGCUGUGAGUAGAGACGUGUAUAUAGAAUAUAUAUAUGAGGGCUAGGCAUGCUGUCCGAGUUUUGUUUAAAUGUUAUGCAGCCGUCUGUGGAGUUCAAGGUACAUAGACAAAUUAACUAAAGUGCUAUGUAUGACAAUAUGCAUUGCAUCAGAUCCCUACACACAUUCAACUGGUCAGUGAACCGUACGUGUCGAAAUUAGUACAUUUAAACAGGCUUUUAAGAUUAAUUUCUCCAUUCUAUUUGUUGUUUUUUUAUUUGUUUGCCUUUGUUAUAGACGAAAAUGUCAUAGAGGGAGAGGGGUACGGUAUACCUUUGUGUCAGCUCGUCAUGAUAUGUGUACAAACGUGUUUGUUGUUUUGUUGCAAGACAGUGACAACAUGCAGCAAUGUCGAGGCUGGAGCACCAUCACCUACGCGUUGUUGUUAUAAUUAUUAUAACUGUUAAUCUUAUCGAUAUUGAACCCUGUAGGAUGAGGUCCAUUGGCAUUUUAUUUUUUUUUGGGAAAAUGGUUUGACGGGAAGUGCUAACUUAAAAAAAAAA